AUGUCUGAUCCAAGUUCAAUUAACGGUGGUAUUGUGGUUGCGAUGGCCGGUAAAGAUUGUGUUGCCAUUGCAUGUGACUUGCGUCUGGGUAGUCAGUCGUUAGGUGUAUCGAAUAAUUUCGAGAAAAUCUUCAACUAUGAACAUGUUUUCUUUGGUAUUACAGGAUUAGCUACGGACGUGACAACAUUAAAUGAAGUUUUCCGUUACAAGACAAAUUUAUACAAAUUAAAAGAAGACAGAGCCAUUGAACCAGAAACUUUCGCACAACUCGUGUCAAGCACUCUAUAUGAAAGAAGAUUUGGUCCUUAUUUUGUCGGUCCUGUAGUUGCAGGAAUCAACUCCAAGUCAGGCAAACCUUUCAUUGCAGGUUUUGAUUUGAUCGGUUGUAUUGACGAAGCUAAAGAUUUCAUAGUAAGUGGUACCGCAUCAGAUCAAUUAUUUGGUAUGUGUGAAUCGCUAUAUGAACCAAACUUAGAAGCCGAAGAUCUAUUCGAAACGAUAAGUCAGGCCUUAUUGAAUGCCGCAGAUCGUGAUGCCCUUUCUGGGUGGGGUGCUGUCGUUUAUAUCAUCAAGAAAGAUAAAGUCAUAAAAAGAAAUCUAAGGAUGAGACAAGAUUGA